ACUUCAGUCCAUAGGAUGUGACGCAUCCAGUUUUCCUGUUUGCAUUUUGUCUCGCUCAGUCGGAGGCGGAGGAGGCUGAGUGGAAAAUGGCCGACGGUGUGGAUCACAUCGAUAUUUACGCGGAUGUAGAAGAGGAGUUCAAUCAGGGUGAGGAUUACCCAGUGCACGACCAGAUAGACUUGUACGAUGACGUAAUCUCUCCGUCUGCCAACAAUGGAGAUGCCCCAGAGGACCGGGACUACCUGGACAAUUUGCCCCAGCCUGUGGGCUCGGAGGGGGGCAAGGGCCCUUCAUCUAACGUGGUCUACACAUACACGGGCAAGAGGAUUGCCCUGUACAUUGGAAACCUCACAUGGUGGACGACAGAUGAAGAUUUGUCAGAUGCCAUUCGGUCGAUAGGUAUUAAUGACGUGCUUGAGAUCAAGUUCUUUGAGAACCGCGCCAAUGGCCAGUCGAAAGGGUUUGCGCUGGUGUGUGUUGGUUCUGAUGCUUCUUCCAGAAAGCUACUGGACCUGCUGUCUAAGCGCGAACUUCACGGGCAGAACCCCAUCGUCACACCGUGCAACAAACAGUCCCUCAGCCAGUUUGAGAUGCAAUCCCGGAAAAGCACACAAUCAGGUCAAAUGUCUGGCGAGGGUAAAGCUGGCCCGCCUGGUAUCGGCCGCGGCGGCUUCCCCAUGGGCCGAGGCCGAGGGCGCUUCCCCGGCCCCCCAGGUCCAGGAGGAGAUCGUUUCCCCGGCCCAGUUGGACCCGGAGGCCCUCCACCCUUCCCAGGGCCCGGGGCCAUAACCCAUAGGCACCCCAACAGCCAGCUGAUGGAUAUGAAUUUCAAUUGCUUCCAGCCGGGCCGCGAUGGGAGCUGGCGACCCAGAGGAGGCAUGCAGGGACCACCCCGCCCUCCACCUGGCCCACCUGGCCCCCCUGGCCCCCCCGGGCCCCCACCUCCGGGACAGGGUCUGCCCCCACCCCUCUCUGGGCCCCCUAACAGAGGCGAUCGCCCCCCUCCCCCAGUCAUGUUCCCAGGCCAGUUUGGCCAGCCCCCCAUGGGACCCCUCCCCCCAGGUCCUCCCCCACCUGGCUACGGCCCUCCUCCCGGCCCCCCUCCCCCCCAGCAAGGCCCUCCUCCCCCAGGUCCCUUCCCCCCACGCCCCCCUGGUCCCAUAGGCCCCCCCAUGGCCCUGGCACCCCCUCCACACAUGCAGGGUCCCCCCCCUGGUGGGCCCCCCCCUGCCCCUCACGUCAACCCCGCCUUCUUUCCCCCGCCCGGCAACAACAACAUGCCCUCGUCGGACAGCAGAGGCCCUCCUCCAAACGACCCCUACGGCCGGCCGCCUCCUUACGACCGAGGAGACUACGGCCCUGGUGGCAGGGAGAUGGAUUCGGCACGGACCCCGCUGAGCGAAGCAGAGUUUGAGGAGAUCAUGAACCGUAACAGGGCCAUUUCCAGCAGCGCUAUCUCACGUGCGGUGUCUGACGCAAGUGCUGCGGACUAUGGGAGUGCGAUAGAGACGUUGGUGACUGCCAUCUCUCUGAUCAAGCAGUCGAAAGUGUCUGCUGACGAUCGCUGUAAAGUCCUCAUCAGCUCGCUACAGGACUGCCUGCACGGCAUCGAGUCCAAGUCCUACGGCUCUGCGUCGAGACGGGAGCGCUCUCGUGAACGUGACCACAGCCGGUCGCGAGAGAAGAGUCGCCGACACAAGUCGCGAAGCCGUGACCGCCACGAGGACUACUACCGGGAACGUAGCCGCGAGCGGGAUCGCCACCGCGAGAGGGACCGAGACCGCGAGAGAGAUCGAGACCGCGAGAGGGAGUACCGGCACCGCUAGAUGGCCAGUGAAGCUGUCGGAAGAGGAGGAGUCCCGCCUGGAUAAGCACCCAUCCACCCGCCCGUCUCGCCAGGACCUUACUGCUACCCAGCGACCCUCAUCUACCCACCCUUCCCUCGCCCUCUCUCUUUCUCUCUCUUCUACCAACUUUGCGUCAGAGGAUGGGACUGACAUUGUUGUGUAAGGCUACAUUAGAGGUGUACAGAAACAAAAAGACCCUUCAUCCUAUACUCAUGGUUUAAAAACAAAACAAAAAAAAAAAACAUGCCUCUUUUUUUUAUUUUUUUGUUUUAUUUGAAAGACAUACAAAGACAGACCUAUCAUACCUGUGUAAUUAAAAGAAAUCUCUGCUUUGCAUCGUAAAAUCCACUAAGGAAUAAAAACUUUGCGUGCGUUCCCCUAAACGAUAAAACAUUUUGACCGCUAUAAUGUAUAAACUGUCUGUCUAGGGAUAUUGUUUUUAUAGGGACUACUUCUGGUAAGCGUCUUUAUUUUUUUUCUCUUAAUGACUCCUUCCCCUCCUUGUCUGUCUCAUGGUUCGGAUAAUGUUUGUAAAUGUCUAUGCUUUGAUUGAUUAUUAAAUAGAUUCUGUGUUGUAAUAAACUGUUUGCUGGGGUUGCCAAUUGCUUAUACUCUUGAGUUCCUUAAGCUGACGUCUCACACCUAGUAUAUAUGAAAUGUGCCUUGAUGGGUCAAUGUCAUAUUACUGGUCAUUUGAAGACAGAAACUUCUCUGCAUUGCACUGUCUUGUUUUAUACAGAAGUAAUCUUAAAACUAAAAAGAAAGUUUUAGGUGUUUAUUUUCAGACUACAGGCCACCGUGUGAUUUUUUUUUUUUUUUUUUUUUUUUUUUAAUUUUUUUUUUUUUUAACAAAUAUUAAGGUGUACACUAAAUUGGGUAAACUAUGCUGUUAAAUGUCACUGGUCGCUGGCAAGAGACUUAUAGUCCCGCUGCCUGACUAAUUAACGUCAGGCUUGUGUUCCAGCAAUGGUAGAGAUGUCACUCCUUGGAGUAUAACUGCCACAGAAAACAAAAAUGUGUACAUUGAAGUGAUACUACUACCAGUAAGAUAUGUGGACUUGUACUCCAUGUAUACUGACUGUCACAUUGUUUGGCAAAAAAAUCAGUUACUGAUUGUGCCUUGAAGAGCAUUGACAUGUAAUUUUUUUAUUGUGUACUAUAUUACUGAUGGUUGAGUCGCGUAGAUGUACAUAGUGAACUUAGUGUAGUUAGUAGGAUUUUAAAAAGUGGUAACAAAUGUUUACAUGAUCAGUGCUUUAAUAGACACUCCCAUUUCAUACGUGUUUUAUUGUUUUGUUUUUUUGUUUCUUUUUUGUUUGUUUGUUGACCAAAUUAAAUGUAGAACCGUUGGUACAGUAGAGUAAAAGUAAAUGCACGCUCAUGUCAAAUGACACUCCUCUAGUCAAGUUGUUGUUGUUGAGCAACAAAUUGACCAGUUCAUCUGGCCUCUUACCUUCAUUGCGGUGAUACCAAUCUGAAAUAUCUUGACGGAACUAAUGAAUGGUUAUGGAGUUUGUAAUUUUCUAAAUUACACUGAUGAUAUUUUGAAAGAGUCCAUAUGCACAUUUUCCUGACAUUUUAUCAGACAAAACACUGUGACCUGAAAUAUUUUGCACCUAAUACAUGCAGUGUAGUUUUAAAACCAAUUUGCUUAAUAGGCAUUGUGAUGAUGUUAAUUGGCUUGGCUUUGAAUUUGUUGUUGAUCUCAAUUUAAAUGACUAGUUCCAUUUUCUCAGAUGUGUUGACUCAUUCAAGUUUAAUUGCACUGAUAUUGUUUUUCUGUUUUUGGGAACGUAUUACACCACUCUAGUCGAAUUAUAUAAUACCCCUCAGGGAAUGUGGUUUAUUUUUUAACAGAUUUUAAAUGAAAAUGUGAAUUUCUAGGCUCAAAAGUAGGGCAAACAUACUUUCAUGCUUUUCGUGUGGAUAUGUGGAGACUAUAUUACCCAGGCACUGUAUGUGGAAUGAGGACCUUUUGCAGUAUUUUACAUGCAGGUAAAUUGAGUGGCCAUCUAAACAUACAUUUUUGAAUACUGGUACCAUUCUUCUAUGAUUUGUCACAUCUCAACCUUAUCCUUCCCUCUUUUUAAGUCAUAAUUUCUUACUUUGUUAACAACAAGGGAUCAGUUUUCAACAAAAAAGUUUGCACACAGUUCAAAUACGUAUUUGUCUGUAUCAAUACACAUAACAUAUAGUCACUGUGUAGGAAUUUAUAAGCCUUGUUUUGGCUAGCUGUGUUGUAGCAGGCUUGUAUUCAAGUGUCUGAUUCAGACCAGUGAUAUACUGAAUCGUGUUUUAUUUUACUGACCUGUUCCCAAUUAUGCAAAAAUGCAUUUUAGACACACACACACACUCUCUCUAUCAGGGAUUAUAUUAGGCCCUGGUUACAUUUCAUUUAUGCAUUUGAAUGUGGUUGUUUUGUACUGUUUUUUUCCAGAUCUGUACAGUAUUUAAAGGAUAGAUCUUUUUUCGUAAGACAUUGUCAUGUUUUGGGUGUUCUUAAUAAAGUAGUGUGCCACAGUG